AUGACGCGCCCACAACACCCAGAAGACGAGAUCACUCCAGACGCGGAAGAGGGUGGUUUCAUACUAGAUGAUCCAGAUCGCAAGCUGAAAAAUGGCAGAUCCAGGCGUCUGAUGGCCCGGAAAACGCUGACAUACAAGGAGGAGUCUGAAGAUGAGGUGAAUACCGCUCAGGAAAAUGGUGGACCGAAAAAAAGGGCUGCUAAAGGCACCCGUAGAAAUACGAAGAAGAUUAAGGUGGAUGACUCAGACGAUGAGGGUGAUGGGGAUUUUAAGAUUGAAGACCAUGGUGUGUCUGACGAUGACGACGACGAUUUGGCUAUUAUAAGUCAUUCCCGUCACGCAGCGGGUUCUAAUCCAAGAGCAGCGGUUGUUCUAGAUAGUGAAUCCGAAGGAGAAGUGGAGACGGUGAACGGAAACGGCACGGCCGAAGAGGCACCAAAGCCGAAGCAGCGGCUUGCAAUCAGCCCAGGAUCUUCUGCCAAAAAAGGAGCGAAGAAACCAAGAAAGCCGAGGAAGAAGAAGGAGCCGAAGGUGAAGGUGCCGUACUUCACCCGAACCACUAAUAAGCUCUAUGAACAGCACCCAGAACUUAAGGAUGUAUUCCCAUACCUCCAGUCGCUUCCUGGAAUACCCGUGGAACGAGCCGAGCAGCCAGACAAAAUGAAUAUUCGUCUUUUGCCUUUCCAGCUUGAAGGUCUUAACUGGCUCUUGAAGCAGGAAGACGGCGAGUUCCAGGGCGGUGUAUUGGCAGAUGAGAUGGGUAUGGGUAAAACGAUUCAAAUGAUUGCUCUUUUCAUGAGUGAUACGCUGAAGAGGCCGAACUUAGUUGUUGGUCCUACGGUGGCGUUGAUGCAAUGGAAGAACGAGAUCGAGGCUCACACUCAUGAAGGUCAACUUAAGACGCUUCUCUUCCAUGGUGCCAACAGAGAGACUAAUAUGGAAGAGCUCAUGAAGUACGAUGUAAUUUUGACAUCCUACUCGGUAAUGGAGAGUGUUUACAGAAAGGAACGUUACGGUUUCCGCCGUAAGAACGGAAUGGUUAAGCAGAAGUCGCCUUUACAUGCGCUACCCUUUUACAGAGUCAUUCUAGAUGAAGCGCAUAAUAUCAAGGAUCGUACUUCUGGUACGGCGAAAGCUGCAAACGAGUUAAACUGUCAGAAGCGUUGGUGUUUGACCGGUACACCUCUCCAGAAUAGAAUUGGUGAGAUGUAUUCCUUGAUUCGUUUUAUGAAACUUGAUCCAUUCUACAAAUACUUUUGUACCAAAUGUGACUGUUCGCUGUCAGAGUGGAAGUUCUCAGAUUGGAGACACUGUGAUCAUUGCGGCCAUUCCCCCAUGCUCCAUACCAACUUCUUCAAUCAUUUCAUGUUGAAAAACAUUCAAAAGCACGGUAUCGAAGGUGAUGGUCUCACGUCAUUCCAGCACAUUCGUUUAUUGUUGAGGAACAUUAUGCUUAGAAGAACUAAGCUUGAACGUGCAGAUGAUCUUGGCUUACCACCUAGAAUUGUCGAGAUCAGAAAGGACAAGUUCAAUGCCGAAGAAAAAGAUUUGUACCAGUCGUUGUACAGUGACUCGAAGAGAAAGUUCAAUGACUACGUCGCUGAGGGUGUUGUGUUGAACAAUUAUGCCAAUAUUUUUACAUUGAUUACUAGAAUGAGACAGUUGGCUGACCAUCCUGACUUGGUUCUUAAAAGGAUUGGCAGCAAUGCAAUUUCUCAAGAUGUUGAAGGUGUUGUUAUGUGUCAACUAUGUGACGACGAAGCAGAAGAACCCAUUGAGUCUAAAUGUCAUCACAAGUUCUGUCGUAUGUGUAUCCUGGAGUACGUUGAAAGUUUCUCUGGUGAAGAGAAGAAGCUCGAAUGCCCUGUCUGCCACAUUGGCCUUUCGAUUGACUUGCAACAGCCAGCGCUUGCCGUUGACGAAGAACAAUUCUCCAAGGCCUCCAUUGUCAACAGAAUCAAGAUGGGUACGCAUGGUGGUGAAUGGAGACUGUCAACUAAAAUCGAAGCUUUGGUCGAAGAACUUUACAAACUUCGAUCUGAUAGACAUACCAUCAAGUCAAUUGUGUUUUCCCAGUUUACUUCGAUGUUAGACUUGGUUGAAUGGAGACUUAAGAGAGCAGGCUUCCAAACGGUGAAACUUUCAGGAUCCAUGUCUCCUCAACAGCGUGACAAAACAAUCAAAUACUUUAUGGAGAAUACCCUGGUGGAGAUUUUCUUAGUGUCUUUGAAGGCUGGUGGUGUUGCCCUUAACUUGUGUGAAGCUUCUCAAGUGUUCCUCAUGGACCCUUGGUGGAACCCAAGUGUGGAGUGGCAGUCGAUGGAUCGUGUUCACAGAAUUGGUCAAAAGAGACCUAUUCGUAUCACGAGAUUCUGUAUUGAAGACAGUAUUGAGCUGAAGAUCAUUGAAUUGCAAGAAAAGAAGGCCAAUAUGAUCCACGCUACGAUCAACCACGACGAUGCAGCCUACUACACUUAUUCUACUAUUCAAUUAGGUAUGCUUGAUUUUUGGCUUAGCUACCUAGAAAAUCCGACGUUGUCGGUUUUACCGCAUGACUUCUUGAAGCCUGAGAACAAUCGCUCGGUGGAAGCGACCAAGCUGGUUCAGAUCGCUGUCAAGCCAGAGUUCGUUACUGGUUUGGCUGUUUUGGCUGCCUUGAUUUACAGAUUGACUGGUGAUGACGAUGUUGUGAUUGCUACUGAUUCUGAGGCAAAGGGUGAGCCUUUCAUUGUCAGAGUGAACGUGGACCCCAAGAUGCUGUUCAAGCAAUUGGAAGACAAGGUUCGCCAGGAGUUUGACACAAACCAGCAUAAGGUGGAAUACCACAACUUGGAUGACAUUGCACAGGCUAUCAAGGAAAAGAACAACCUUGACGCCCGUCCUCCUUUGUUCAAGAUCAGUUACCAGUACUCCAGAGACACUCAGAAGUUGGAGACUUCGGUCAAGGGCUCCGUGAGAGACUUGGCGAUCUUCAUUGACCCAAAGACUGCUGAAUUGCAUUUCUUUUACAAUGCAUUGCUUUACACAUCCGAGAGAAUGGACAUUUUCGCCGAACAGUUCUCUCAGUUCACUACCGCUGUCAGCCAGAACCCUGAUGUGGAGAUCACCAAGGUCAACUUGAUCACCCCAUCCCAGAAGGAGCAUUUGCCUGACCCUACUUUGGACUUGGACUGGAGCGGCUACAGAGGUGCAAUCCAAGAUAUCUUCAUGAAGAACGCAUUGGAGUUUCCUGACAGAACAUGUGUGGUUGAAACCAAGCUGUUCAUGGACCCUAACUCCAAGACGAGAACUUUCACGUAUAAGCAGAUCAACGAGGCUUCCAACGUUGUGGGAAACUACUUGAAGGAAACCGGUAUCAAGAAGGGUGACAUUGUCAUGAUCUAUGCCUACAGAGGUGUGGACUUGAUGGUUGCCGUGAUGGGUGUCUUGAAGGCUGGUGCCACAUUCUCUGUCAUUGACCCUGCUUAUCCUCCAGCAAGACAAAACAUCCACCUUUCUGUGGCCAAGCCUCAGGGUCUUAUCGGCUUGGAGAAGGCCGGUGUUUUGGAUGACCUUGUCAAGGACUACAUCAAGGAUGAACUCAAUGUGAUUACCUCAAUUCCUCAAUUGAAGCUUCAAGACGAUGGUUCUGUUAUCGGUGGUGCUUCCGAGACUUCAUCUGAAGAUGUUUUGGCUUCUUAUCAAUCUUUCGCUGAAAAGCCUACCGGCGUCAUUGUCGGCCCUGACUGUAACCCUACUUUGAGUUUUACUUCUGGCUCUGAGGGUGUUCCUAAGGGUGUUUUGGGUCGUCACUACUCCCUCGCUUACUACUUCCCAUGGAUGGCCAGAAGAUUCGGCCUCUCUUACCAGGACAAGUUCACUAUGUUGUCAGGUAUUGCUCAUGACCCAAUUCAGAGAGAUAUGUUCACACCACUUUUCUUGGGUGCUCAGCUUAUUGUUCCAACUGCCGAUGAUAUCGGAACCCCAGGUAAAUUGGCCGAAUGGAUGGCUGAAUACGGUACCACUGUCACACAUCUCACUCCAGCUAUGGGCCAGCUUUUGAGCGCUCAGGCCACAACCGCAAUUCCUACUUUGCACCAUGCUUUCUUUGUUGGUGAUAUUUUGACCAAGAGAGACUGUCUUCGCUUGCAGACUUUGGCUGAGAACGUUUUCAUCGUUAACAUGUACGGUACUACCGAAACUCAACGUGCUGUCUCGUACUUUGAGAUCAAGUCCAGAGCUGCUGAUCCUACGUUCUUGAAGAACUUGAAGGAUGUCAUGCCUGCCGGUACUGGUAUGUACAAUGUUCAGAUGUUGGUUGUGAACAGACAGGAUCCAUCCCAGACAUGCGGUGUUGGAGAGAUUGGUGAAAUUUAUGUCAGAGCUGCUGGUUUGGCCGAAGGUUACCGUGGCUUGCCUGACUUGAACAAGCAGAAGUUUGUCACCAACUGGUACGUCGACCCCCAACAAUGGAACGAGCAAGAUCAGGCUAACCCAGAAGCUGCUAAGCAAGGAUGGAGAGAACAUGGCUGGUUUGGACCAAGAGACAGAUUGUACAGAACCGGAGACUUGGGUAGAUAUUUACCUGACGGUAAUGUCGAAUGUUGCGGUAGAGCAGAUGAUCAAGUCAAGAUCAGAGGUUUCCGUAUUGAGUUGGGUGAAAUCGAUACCCACUUGUCCCAACAUCCUUUGGUGAGAGAGAACGUCACCUUGGUGAGAAGAGACAAGAGUGAAGAGCCAACUUUGAUUUCGUACGUUGUUCCAAAAGAGUGUCCUGAAUUACACGAGCUCAAGGCCGAUGUUGAAGAGCAUGAUGACCCAAUCGUCAGCGGAUUGGCUGCAUACGGUGCCUUGAUCAAGGAUAUCAAGCUGCACUUGAAGAAGAGAUUGGCUCUGUACGCCAUUCCUACCAUUAUUGUUCCAUUGGUGAAGUUGCCUCUUAAUCCUAACGGUAAGGUUGACAAGCCUAAGUUGCCAUUCCCUGAUACUGCUCAGCUUGAAGCUGUCGCUCGUUUGGCUGCUGACCAGAGAGGUGUUGACCAUGAAGAAGAAAGCUUCAACGAGUUGGAAACUACCAUCCGUGACUUGUGGCUCCAGGUGUUGCCUAACAGACCCGCUAACAUUGCCAAGGAUGAUUCCUUCUUCGACCUUGGUGGUCACUCCAUCUUGGGUACUCGUAUGAUUUUUGAAUUGAGAAAGAAGCUCAAUAUCGAUGUUCCUUUGGGAAUCAUUUUCAAGAACCCAACCAUCGAAUCUUUCUCGAAGGAGGUCUCCAAGUACAAGAAGGGUGAUUUUGCUCAAUUGGCUGACGGAAAGUCUGAUCAUCAUGAAGUUGAGAUCGACAACUCUAUCACUUACAGUGAUGAUGCUAAGGAGCUUUCCAGAACCAAGCUUCUCAAGGAAUACCCAUCCCUGGAGAAGUUGGACUUCUCGUCUCCUAUCAAUGUUUUCCUCACCGGUGCCACUGGUUUCCUCGGAUCCUUCAUCCUUCGUGACCUCUUGCUGGGACGUAAGGGUAACUUCAAGGUCUACGCUCACGUUAGAGCCUCUAGCACUGAAGCUGGUUUGGAAAGAUUGCGUAAGACAGGUAAGACCUACGGUAUCUGGAAUGAAGAAUGGGCCUCCAAGAUCGAUGUCGUUCUUGGUGAUUUGAGCUUGCCAAAGUUCGGUGUUGAGUCUGGCUUGUGGUCUACUCUUACCAACACAGUUGAUGUCAUUAUCCAUAACGGUGCCUUGGUCCACUGGGUCUAUCCAUACUCCCAGUUGAGAGAUGCCAAUGUGAUUUCCACCAUCAAUGUUUUGAACUUGGCUGGUGAAGGUAAGCCUAAGCAGUUUUCUUUCGUUUCUACCACCUCCACUCUUGACAGCGACUACUUCAUCAACGCCUCAGAUGAGUUGACUUCUAGAGGUUUCGCUGGUAUUCCUGAGCUGGACGACUUGAAUGGUUCUCGUACUGGUUUGGGAACCGGAUACGGCCAGUCCAAAUGGGCUGCUGAAUAUAUCAUCAGAAGAGCAGGUGAGAGAGGUUUGAGAGGAUGCAUCACAAGACCUGGUUACGUAACCGGUUUCUCUGAAACUGGUGCUUCUAACACUGACGAUUUCCUUUUGAGAAUGUUGAAGGGAUGUGCCGAAUUGGGAGCUUACCCUGACAUCACCAACAAUGUCAACGCUGUUCCUGUUGACCAAGUUGCUCGUGUGGUGGUUGCUACUGCUCUUUAUCCUCCACAAGCCGACUACUUGGCUGUUGCACAAGUGACUGGACACCCAAGAAUCAGAUUCAAUGACAUGUUGUCUUCGCUCAAGACUUAUGGAUACGAAUUGAAGUGCCAGGACUACCCUGAAUGGAGAAGAUCUUUGGAGAAGUUUGUCAUUGAUGACGCAAAGGACUCUGCUUUGUACCCAUUGCUCCAUUUCGUUCUUGAUAACUUGCCUCAAGACACUAAGGCACCUGAGUUGGACGACCAGAAUGCCGUGAAGUCGUUGAAGUUGGAUCUGGACCUUCUGGGAGAAGACAGAAGUGCCGGUGAUGGUCUUGAUGCCCAGCAAAUGGGUAUCUACAUUAGUUACUUGGUGAAGAUUGGAUUCUUACCUGCUCCAGCCAAGCAAGGUGAACCUUUACCAUCCAUUGAAUUGACCCAGGAAGCAUUGGAUCUUAUUGCUUCUGGUGCUGGUGCUCGUGGUUCUGCUGGAAAGUAA